GCGAUUAGUUGAAGUUUGUAUAGCAUCGAGAUGAGACAUUUGGUCAACGUGAUGCUGCCGCUGCUGCUGCUGCUGUUGAUGACACAGUUGACUGUGACGAAGCCACAAUAUUCAUAUGGAAAUAGCUAUGGUGGACCUUUGAUGAAUAACAAUGGUGGCGGACCCUUUAGGGAAGCACCUAAUGGACUCACAGGAUCUCGAUAUACUGGUGGACCCUUUGGAAAUUCUGGUUAUUUAAUAACCGGUAGCAACAGUGGAGGACCAUUUAGAGUUAAUGGUGGUCAGGAUGGUCUCAUAUCUGGAAAUCAAUAUGGCGGACAUUUUGGAAACACUCAGAAUUCAGCUAACGCUGGCGGCAGUGGAGGAUCAUUCGGGCAAGGAACUCGAGAGCCUGGAGGUAUCAUAGCAGGCUAUCAAAACGGAGGUCCGCUUGGAAAUGGAAAUGGAAAUGUUGGUAGCAGUGGACAGGAUCAACAAGGACUAGUUAAAGGAAGUAACAGUGGAGGACCAUUCAACGUAAAUGUUGGCCAGGAUGGAAAUCAGAAUGGGGGACCUUUUGGCGGUGCUGCGAAUGGGAUUGCUGAUGGAUUGGUUAACGGUCGCGGCUGUGGAGGACCAUUCGGAAGAGGAAAUUGCAACAGUGAAGGACCGUGGCAACAAGAAAGAAAUGAAUUAAUAAGUGGCAAAAAUACUGGAGGUCCAUUUCAAGUAAAUGUGGAUCGAGACGGUCUCAUAGGUGGAGGUGGAUUGAUUACCGGUGCCGGCAGUGGAGGACCCUUUGUUAAAUCAGACAGACUUAUAUCAGGAGGGAGCAAUGGAGGACCCUUUAACAAUGGGCAGUAGGGUGUCAUAUCGGGUGGACAAGGCGGCGGACCGUUUGAGAGCCAGGCAUCUAAUGGAUUAAUAAACGGCAGUGGCAGUCGAGGACCUUUUAUAUAAACAGACAGAAUUAAUUAAAUAAAUGUAUGGUCAUAAUUUUGAUUGAAA